AUGAGCAGUGGGCGACGAAAACUAUCCUUCCUGGGCUUUGCGCCGCAGGAGGCGGCUGAGGAUGAGAUCCAUCUUGAUGAUGAGAUGGACCGCGUGGUCUGGGGGGAAGGGAGCCAACCCCCGAUCCUUCAAGCGACUGGGGAACCACUACGCGAUGUUGCUGCACCACUGCCGUACAACCAAGAUGUCACGAGCAGCUCUGAUAUGUCCCCAGUUAGCGGACACCACUUCAGUACAACAGGAUCGGAGGCCCAGAUGUCUGGCGGUUUAUCUGGAUCUGGCUCCGUCGGCCCAAGGGAAGAUGAUCGUCAUGUGAAGUUCGAUGGUGAAGAAGAGGAACCGAAACCUGAUCCCAUAGACGAUGAACGACGUGCUCAAAGACAUAAUCGGCACCUACACCCGCAUAAAACCCGCAAGUACUCCCUUCAAGAGGGCGCGAGAGGUGGUGGGCUAUUACCAAGUUUGUCUAUCGCCGAACGAAGGAUUCUAACAGCCGCUGCCGAGGAAAGUCUACCAGAAGCCGACCUAGACGAUCUACGAAGCCAUCGCAGCGACGACCCGAGAGCUUUGCGCCGGCACAAAAUACAACCCAGGGUUUCGACCAUCCACGUCAGCAGGAAAGAUGGCGGAGACAAAGUUCACAACAUCCUCUCCGACGCGGCAUACAAGAAAAUGUACGAUCAUAGCCCACACUCGGUCUUCGUACAACUCGACGAGUUGUUGGCGACCGAGGACGGUGAUGCCGAAUGGAAGGAGACAGCUCGCUGGAUCAAGUAUGAGGAGGACGUGGAAGAAGGGUCGGCGAGGUGGGGAAAGCCCCAUGUUGCAUCGCUUUCGUUUCACUCCCUGCUGAAUUUGCGACGAUGCCUGGAAACCGGUGUUGUGCUGCUGGACCUCGAAGAGAAGGACCUUCCGGGGGUAGCAUACAGGGUGGUCGAGAGUAUGGUGACAGAAGGUUUGAUAGAAGAGGACGAUAAACCAGUGGUGAUGCGUUCGCUGCUUCUACGCCAUAAGCAUGUCCACGACGAGAGAUUUAGGUUUUCAAUCAGUGGAAGAAAACAGUCCUCGUACACAAGUUUGCAGAAUCUAUCCGAUCAAAAGCGCCGUCAGAGUUCACACGCGAUAGCGGAUCGCUUGGAAGCUCGUAAAAAGUCCUCAGCAGCCGGUCUAGACCCGCGCGAAGUGGAGUACCUUGCAACAGGCACCGUCGGCUCGCAAGAUGAACUCAGGCGAACGCACAACGACUCCAUUAUGAAAAGAAUCCCAGACGACGCCGAAGCGACGACGGUUCUCGUCGGGGCUGUGGGUUUCUUGGACCAGCCGACCAUCGCCUUCGUCAGACUUGCUCAAGGCAUCCUUAUGCCGUCGAUCACGGAAGUGCCGAUCCCAGUCAGAUUCAUGUUCAUCCUACUGGGGCCGACGACAGCUGAUCUAGAUUAUCAUGAAGUGGGUCGCUCGAUUUCCACACUCAUGUCGAACCCGUCAUUCCAUUCUAUUGCGUACAAAGCGGACGACCGUCGAGAACUGCUAUCCGCUAUCAACGAAUUCUUAGAUGACUCUAUCGUUCUCCCGCCUGGGGAUUGGGAGCGUCAAGCUCUCCUCCCCUUUGAAGAGCUGCGGGCAAAGAGUGAAAUGAUUCGCCGUCGUAAGCGCGACGCGUUAGAAAGGAAACGUGCUGCCACCAAAGAUACAGAGGCACCAAUUGAUGAGAAGAAAGCUCUAUUGAUCGCGGAAAGCGGAGGUCCACCGGACAAGGAACCGGAUGAUCCAUUGUCCAAAUCUGGACGUCUAUUUGGAGGCGUGAUACGUGACAUGAAGAGGCGGUAUCCCCAUUACAUGUCUGACUUCCGAGACGCUCUGAACGGUCAAUGCGCGGCCGCUACAAUAUUCAUGUACUUCGCUGCCCUAUCAUCGGCCAUCACCUUCGGAGGCUUACUUGCCGAGAAGACAUAUAACACAAUCGGAAUAUCGGAAACAUUGGUUUUUACAUGUAUUGGUGGAGUGUUUUUCGCUUUGGUAGCUGGCCAACCGAUGAUGAUAACAGGCGCAACAGGACCCCUUCUCUUACUAGACGAGUCUUUGGCUAAGUUCUGUCACUCUUACGGUUUUGACUUCUUAGCAGCCAGGAUGUAUUGUGGCAUAUGGAUGAUAAUAAUUGCAAUACUUGUAGCGUCUCUUGAAGGAAGUGUAGCUGUCAAGAAAAUAACAAGAUUCACCGAAGAUAUUUUCGCAUUUCUCAUAUCGUUAAUAUUCAUUUCGGAGCCGAUAACGAAUAUAAUCAAUUUGUACCGGAUGCACCCACUGGGAUACGAUUACUGCGAGAAAGAGAACAUCACUACUGAUGCGCCUAUGUUGAACUUCACUAUUUCGGACAAUACAACUAUGAACGCCACUGAACUGCUGCCUUCAACCUCGUAUAUACCACCACAGCCCAAUACAGCACUCUUCUGCACGAUCCUGACUUUGACCACUUUUAUCAUCGCCUACUACCUCCGCAUCUUCCGUAAUGGCAAAUUCUUAGGGCGCAGUGCUCGCAGGGCGCUCGGUGAUUUCGGCGUGCCUAUCGCUAUCGUGGUCAUGGUCCUAGUAUCCGCAUUCGUCCCCGUUUGGACCGAAAAGCUGAAAGUGCCGGACGGCCUGAGCCCCACAGCGCAUCGCUCUUGGCUCGUGCCGCUGAACCCUGGCCUGGAAACCAUUCCCAUGUGGGCUGCCGUCGCGAUGGCUCUACCGGCUCUCAUGGUCUACAUCAUUGUCUUUAUGGAGACUCAUAUCGCCGAGUUAAUUAUUGAUAAGCCCGAACGGCGGCUGAAGAAAGGCAGCGGUUUCCACAUGGACAUAGUGGUGAUGUCGUUGGUGAACGCGGUGUGCGGAAUGUUUGGGGCUCCGUGGCAAUGUGUCGCGACAGUGCGCUCUGUCAGCCAUGUAUCUGCUCUGACUGUCAUGUCUACCACCCACGCUCCAGGAGACAAGCCACAUAUCGUCGAAGUUAAAGAACAACGUCUAACCGGUCUCCUGGUCGCCAUCUUAGUCGGUGUGUCGGUAUUGGCAUCAGGAUGGUUGCGCUUGGUACCAAUGGCAGUGCUGUUCGGAGUCUUCUUGUACAUGGGUAUUUCAGCCCUUGGUGGGAUACAGUUCUGGGACAGAUGUAUUUUGCUGCUAAAACCUGUGAAACAUCAUCCACAAAUACCUUAUGUGCGACGGGUACCCACUAUGAAGAUGCAUCUAUUCACGUUUAUACAAAUUAUUGGAAUCUGCGUCCUAUACGCUGUUAAGUCAUCACGGUUUUCUCUUGCAUUGCCAUUCUUCUUGGUAUUGAUGGUACCGUUGAGGAUGUCGCUGGUUCACAUCUUCACACCCUUGCAGUUACGAGCGUUGGACGGUGCUCAAAAGGACAUCGACAAGGACGACGAGCCUGACUUCUACGAAGAGGCGCCCCUACCCGGAUAG